UUUUAUAUUGUAAAAUCAUGCAGCAUCACAUUUACCUCUUUAUUAUCCGACACAUAGUAUUUGGGAUUUUGAUUUUUCAUCAUUUUUCGCACACGAAGGCUCUGUAUGGACAUAACGUUAGACCGGCACAGCAGAAUGAACAAAGUUUUGUUAUUAAAGUAAUGUUCAUAGUUCCGGGUGCUAAUGUAUCAACGGAUCUCAUAUGCACCGGUGCACUCGUUACCAGACACGAUGUUAUAUCCGCCGAACAUUGCAUGCAAUAUGUGGAAAUGAAUAAUACGAAAUUUCUCGUUGGAUUAACGGAUUCGCCACAAUUCAGAUUUUAUCCAAACUGGUGGAUUUCGUACGAGCAAUGGGAACAACAUAGCGAUCAACGGAAAGGAUAUCUGAUAAAUGAUUUUUGUUUUAUAAGGUUGACGAGUAUUGUGAUGGACGAAUUUAAUACUGUAACUUUUUCUUUCUACGAGCAAAAGAAAACUUCGGGCAAACGCGUCGUUGUAUUGGGCUGGGGUAGCUUAAAUAAUAAUACGUAUCCUACGACCUUGCAAGCUGCCGAUUUAAAAGUUAUGUCGAAAAAGGGAUGUGAUCGUCAAAUUUCUAGAGUCCUUGGGCGUCGUAUACAAAUUCAAGAAAAUAUUUUAUGCACUAUAGGAGAUCCGUUUACGGUGUUGAUGGAUGGCGACAGUGGUAGUCCGCUUUUAUAUAGAAAUAAGCUUAUUGGUGUUAGUACAGGAAUAUGUCCACUUGUUGCAGAAAACGUUCUAGAAGAUAAAGUAAAUCUUCAUAUCAAUAUUUACUAUUAUCAAGAAUUUUUGCUUGAGAUUAUAAGUACUACGUAA